AACAAUAAUAAUCAUUAUCCGGAACAUUUUAUAUUGUCAGCUGCUGCAAAUUUCGGAAGACGCGAAGCGGUCUAUCGGCGCUUCGCCGAAAGCCCCAACCGGCAAACGUUUUGAAGUUUAUUAGAAACAUACUUCACCAUUAACCAAAAAAAAAAAAAAAAAAAAAAGGAAAGGAAGAAGAAGAAGAAGAAAAACCCAAAAAAAAUUUCAGCAAUACGCACACAGAAACAGAGUUUUCAUUGCUGUAAAGCGAAAAUGGGUUUAGCUUCAGCUGUUAACUCUCCUCCCAUGGCGCUUCGCUCUGCAGUACCUCUUCCUAACAACCACCCCAGACCACCUUCCAAUCUCUAUCUGCCGCUUCGUCGUCUUCUUCCUCGCUUCUCAUCCACUCUCACCCUCGCUCGCCGUCGCAACCACCACAGCGCCACCACCACUACUUCUUCUCCAACAAAGAAAAAAAACAAGCAAAGCUUAGCUAAGAACAGAGUAAUGAAGGAUGAGGAUGACAUAGAUGAGGAUGCUUUUGAGGCUCUCUUUAGCAUGCUAGAAGAAGACCUCAAGAAGGACGACGUUUCCUUAGGAAACGAAGAUGACGAAGAUAUAAGAGAAGAGGAUCUUGCUUUGCUUGAAGAAGAACUUUCCGAGGCAUUUGGAGCUGAUGGUGAUUUCAGCCUAGAUACCGAUAAUGAAGAUGGAGAGGAUGAUGAAGAUGAAGAUGAAGAGGAAGAGGAGCCACCUGUGAAGCUUAAGAAUUGGCAACUGCGGCGAUUGGCUUCCGCUUUGAAAGCCGGCCGCCGAAAAACCAGUAUCAAAAGUCUAGCAGCUGAGCUUUGUCUUGAUAGGGCUCUUGUUCUUGAAUUGCUCCGUGAACCCCCUCCAAGCCUUUUGAUGAUGAGUGCAGCUUUACCUGAUGAACCUCCUGCAACAGUAUCCGUAACUGAAACAAAGCCCGUAGAAACUGUUGCAAAGAUAACUGCAGAUACUGCAGAACCUGACACUAGCACGAAGGUGCCCGUUCAUGUCUUGCAACAAAAGUUCUCUGCUCAAAAGAGACUGAAGAAAGUUCAUGUCCAAACCCUUGAAAGUGUUUAUAGAAGAACAAAGCGCCCCACUAAUGCAAUGAUUAGCAGCAUUGUGCAUGUGACAAAUCUUCCCCGCAAAAGAGUCAUAAAAUGGUUCGAAGAUAAGCGUGCUGAAGAUGAGGUUCCUGAAAAUCGAACUCCAUAUCAACGAUCUUCAGUCUCUUCCUAAUACUGCCGUGUAAAACAAUAAAGAGAAGAAGAUGAAGAAGGAGACCGACAGGUGGAAAACUAGUUAGACCACCCCAAGGAUACUCCACUUUUUGAGGCGUCCUGAUCUAUUACGAAGAAUAAUCUCCAUUGAACAUGCUUCAUUAGCUAGAUCGUGGAAUAUGGAGGAUGUUUCACUUCCUCUUUAUACAGUUGAAGCUGAGCUCAACCUUUUAUGGUUUGAGGAUGCUUCUUCUUUGAGCAUCGACUCUCAAUGGCUUGGACAAAUUACUAUGGUUUUAUGUAAAUCCUAAAGUUUUUUACUGCUUUAAAACCUCAACCACGUGAAGCCUCUAUUCAAAUGCUAAAGUUUCUUGGCAAGUUCCUAAAGCCAGGGUCUAAUGGUUUAUAUUAACCGAAGAGCAGACCGGUAAAAUUCGUUUAUUAUGUGUGAUAUUUUAUAUUUAAUGUGUAAAAGUUACUCAUGUUGGAAAGUUGUAUAGUCAUUAAUCAAAUACUUUGGCCUCGAAGGAAUAGGCAUAGGGAUCAUACUAGAUAGAAACUACUUUCUUUUUGGUGAAUAUGCUAGAUUGAAACUAUGUUCUGCAUUAGCAACGUAGUAUUUUUGAAUUUAUCUUAUGAAAUCCAAAAAUGAGAAGUUUGCCUUUUUGUUUGGCUC